GGCGGAGACUGGUAAAUACGACGAAUUUCACAUCAAAAUCACCGUAUUACUUUUGCAACUUUGACAAAAGGUAACACCAGCCUAGGCCCUCAUUGUUCUGACGUGACCAUAGAAGACAGAAUUACAACUUUAAACAGAAAUGGUUUGGGGUUCACUGGCACUUUAAUUUAAAAGUACGAGCGGCGACGGUUUAGGCAGAGAGCGGGAGGGGGCUGGCUCUAAACCCGAACUGUAGUAGCAUGUGCGGGCGGUAGUCUGCACUACUGUACACGGUGGUGGUACUUGCGGGUUUAGCGCCACAAAGCUGUCAGUCUCGGCAGCCCUGUGAGAAGAAGGCGGGGUGCUCGUUUUGAACCAACCUCGUGAAUCACAACACCGGACCGCGGACAGCCAGCCAGACGCACAGACAUUCAGGUUGUAGAGUAGCUGAGAGAGGCUUUUCUUCUGGGGGAACUACUGAAGGAAUGUGCGUCGCAUCGGCACAACGUUGUUGCGUGAGGAACUGAGGUAGACGGGUCGGUUUCCAGACGUCAGAGUCUCUCGAAGUUAAGCGCUCAAUGACCGGACGUAGAUGAUUAAUUAUUGUAUAUAACUCCGCGUAGUUGUGGUGGAGUGACAGCCGAGGGAACAGGGUGCAGGCUGCAUGAAUGAAACGCCGCCGCCGCACGAGCAGCUCGCUUAAGGGUAUAAUAUCGCAUUUUUCUAGGAAUUGAAAGGGAACUACAUCUUCUACAUCUUCAGCAUCUGUGAGGAACAUCGUGGUGCCAGACUUUCGUCCUCUGGAUCUGAGCAUCAGUUUCUGUAGCAGCCACGCUGGAGGGAAUUACUCAGAAACCCAGCUGGAAAUAAGAGAAACAUGUGAAGACCUGCGCCCAGCCUCAACCGCACAGAAAGCCUCCGGUGUCACAAAGGUGAAGGUUUCUCCGCUGACUCCACUGCAUUGUGCUACUGCUGCUGUACCUGCCUCGCGGGCCCAGUUAGACAUGGAGGACCGGCGGAACACACACAGGACUUCAUUAGCCAGGCCCACGGUAGGAACUCUGGCCGCUCUCCUGGGCUGCUGCUGCUGCUGGCUUCUAGCCGUCCCUACCUCAUGCAACGGACAAACGUUUACCACCUUCCACCCUGAGCGCAAGGAGUGGGCCUUCAACCACCUGACGGUCCACCAGAACACGGGGGCCCUGUACCUCGGAGCGGUCAACCGCGUGUACAAACUGUCCGGGAACCUCACCCUGCUGGUGUCCCACGACACGGGCCCGGAGGACGACAACAAGGCCUGCUACCCCCCGCUGAUCGUGCAGCCAUGCUCGGAGCCCCUGGUGGCCACCAACAACGUCAACAAGCUCCUCCUCGUCGACUACUCUCAGAACCGGCUGCUGGCCUGCGGCAGCCUCUACCAGGGCGUGUGCAAGCUGCUGCGCCUGGACGACCUCUUCAUCCUGGUGGAGCCCUCCCACAAGAAGGAGCACUACCUGUCCAGCGUCAACCAGACGGGGACCAUGUACGGGGUGAUCGUGCCCUCACAGGGCCAGGACGGCACCCUGUUCAUCGGCACGGCCGUGGACGGCAAGCAGGACUACUUCCCCACCAUCUCCAGCCGCAAGCUGCCCCGCGACCCGGAGUCCUCCGCCAUGCUGGACUACGAGCUGCACACGGACUUCGUGUCGUCCCUCAUCAAGAUCCCGUCGGACACUCUGGCGCUGGUGUCGCACUUUGACAUCUACUACGUGUACGGCUUCGCCAGCGGUAACUUUGUGUACUUCCUGACGGUGCAGCCCGAGACCCCUGAGAACAGCAUGUCGUCCGGCGGCUCGUCCAGUGACCUCUUCUACACCUCGCGCAUCGUGCGCCUCUGCAAGGACGACCGCAAGUUCCACUCCUACGUGUCGCUGCCCGUGGGCUGCGUGAAGAACGGCGUGGAGUACCGGCUGCUGCAGGCCGCCUACCUGGGCAAGCCGGGCCGCGUGCUGGCCGCCUCGCUCAACAUCAGCGCGCAGGACGACGUGCUGUUCACCGUCUUCGCCAAGGGCCAGAAGCAGUUCCACCGGCCCCCCGAUGACUCGGCGCUCUGUGUGUUCAGCAUCCGGGACAUCAACGCCCGCAUCAAGGAGCGCCUGCAGUCCUGCUACCAGGGGGAGGGCCACCUGGAGCUCAACUGGCUGCUGGGGAAGGACGUGCAGUGCACCAAGGCGCCGGUGCCCAUCGACGACUCCUUCUGCGGGCUGGACAUCAACCAGCCGCUGGGCGGCUCCCAGCUGGUCACCGGACACACGCUGUACACCGAGUCCCGCGACCGCAUGACCUCCGUCACCGUCUACGUCUACAACGGCUACUGCGUGGCCUUUGUGGGCACCAAGAGUGGACGACUGAAGAAGAUCCGGGUGGACGGGCCCCCCCACGGUGGAGUCCAGUACGAGACCAUAUCCGUCAUCAAAGAUGGCAGCCCCGUCCUGCGAGACAUGGCCUUCUCCCUGGACCGCAACUACCUCUACGUCAUGUCUGAGAGACAGGUCACCCAGGUGCCCAUCGAGUCGUGUGAGCAGUACGGGACGUGUGGAGAGUGCCUGAGCUCCGGGGACCCCCACUGUGGCUGGUGUGUCCUGCACAACAUGUGUUCCCAGAGGAGCCGCUGCGAACGCGCCGAUGAGCCUUACCGAUUCGCCGCCGCUCUCAGCCAAUGUGUGAGGGCCACCGUCUACCCGGACAGCAUUGCCGUGUCAGAGCCCAGCGUGCCCCUGCUGGUCAGAGUGAGCGACGUCCCCGACCUGUCGGCCGGCAUCAGCUGCUCCUUCGGCAACCUGACGGAGUCGGAGGGCAAGGUCAGCGGGAACCAGAUCCUCUGUGUCUCCCCUUCCGCCAAGGACGUGCCCGCCAUCCCCGCCGACCAAGAUUGGUCCGGUGUGGAGCUGAGGCUCAACUCCAAGGAGACGGGUCAGAUGCUGAUCAGCACGGAGGUCAAAUUCUACAACUGUAGCGUCCACCAACUGUGUCUGUCAUGUGUGAACAGUGCCUUCCGCUGCCACUGGUGCAAGUACCGCAACCUGUGCACCCACGACCCGUCCAGCUGCUCCUUCCAGGAGGGACGAGUCAACGCCUCUGAGGACUGUCCUCAGCUGGUGCGCUCCGAGGACAUCCUGAUCCCGGCCGGGGAGGUGAAGCCCAUCACGCUGAAGGCCCGGAACCUGCCCCAGCCCCAGUCGGGCCAGCGGGGCUACGAGUGUGUUCUCCACAUCCAGGGGGUCAGCCACCGUGUCACCGCGCUGCGCUUCAACAGCUCCAGCGUGCAGUGCCAGAACAGCUCGUAUCUCUAUGAAGGCAUGAAGAUCAGUGAGCUGCCUGUGGAUUUCUCAGUGGUGUGGAAUGGAAACUUUAUAAUCGAUAACCCGGAGAACAUCCAAGUGCACCUCUACAAGUGCGCGGCGCAGCGCGACAGCUGCGGCAUGUGUCUGAAGGCGGAGCGCAAGUUCCAGUGUGGCUGGUGCAGCGGCGAGGGACGGUGCACCCUGCGGCACCACUGCCCGCCCAUGAACCCCUACACCACCCGCUGGCUGCACCUGGCCAGCAGGAACGUCAAGUGCACCAACCCCCGCAUCACCGAGGUGACGCCGGUGGCCGGACCUCCCGAGGGGGGGACGAGGGUGACCAUCCAUGGGAUGAAUCUGGGUCUGUCCUUCGCGGACAUGGUGGGCAACGUGGAGGUGGCCGGCGUGAGGUGUGUCCCAGUGGAGGAGGGCUACAUCAUCGCUGAACAGAUCGUGUGUGAGAUGGACCCUGCCCCGCCAGAGAGCCGGCCCGGACCCAUCCAGUUGUGUGUGGGGGAGUGCCGGCCAGAGCUGAAGACCCGCUCUUCUCAACUCUACUCUUUCGUGAUGCCCUCGGUCACAGGCCUUACUCCCAGCAGAGGUCCAGAGUCCGGCGGGACCAAAGUGACCAUCCUGGGGGACAACCUGGGGGCCGGCAGCAACGUCAGCGUGCAGUUUGGCAACCAGACCUGCGAGUUCUACGGCCGCACCAUGACGGAGAUCGUGUGCUACUCCGCCCCCUCCCAGGCGGGGGUGGGCCCGGUGCAGAUCAGCGUGAGCGUGGACCGCGCCCAGGUCCGGGAGAGCCUGAGCUUCGAGUACAUCGAGGACCCCACCGUGGCACGCAUCGAGCCUGAGUGGAGCAUCGCCAGUGGCCACACCCCCCUGAUGGUGACUGGAACCAACCUGGACGUGGUUCAGGAGCCCCGCAUCCGGGUGAAGUACGGCGGCCGGGAGUCUGUCAACGUGUGCAAGGUGGUCAACAGCACCUGCAUGAGCUGCCUGGCCCCCUCCCUGAUGGGGGACUACGCCCUGGGCCCGGACACGGUGAAGCACGCCGACGAGUUUGGCUUCGUGUUCAACAACGUGCAGGCGCUGCUGGUGUACAACAGCACCAGCUUCCUCUACUACCCCAACCCCUACUUCGAGCCCCUCAGCUCCACCGGGGUCCUGGAGCAGAAGCCCGGCUCGCCCAUCAUCCUCAAGGGCAGGAACCUGGUGCCCCCCGCCACGGGCGGCGUGAAGCUGAACUACACGGUGCUCAUCGGGGACACGCCCUGCUCCGUCACCCUGUCAGAGAGCCAGCUGCUGUGUGAGCCCCCCAACCUGACGGGGCAGUACAAAGUGAUGGUCCAGGUGGGCGGUCUGCAUGUGUCGCCGGGCGCGGUCAACAUCCUGUCUGACAGCCUGCUCACGCUGCCGGCCAUCGUCAGCAUCGCAGCGGGCGGAGGCCUCCUCCUCAUCAUCGUCAUCCUCGUGCUCAUCGCCUACAAGCGCAAGUCCCGCGAGAACGACCUGACGCUGAAGAGGCUGCAGAUGCAGAUGGACAACCUGGAGUCCCGCGUGGCCCUGGAGUGCAAAGAAGCCUUUGCGGAGCUUCAGACGGACAUCAAUGAGUUGACCAGCGACCUGGACCGAGCCGGCAUCCCCCACCUCGACUACCGCACCUACGCCAUGAGGGUGCUUUUCCCUGGGAUAGAGGACCACCCCGUCCUACGAGAGCUGGAGGUGUCUGGGACCGGGCAGCAGGCUGUGGAGAAGGCCCUGAAGCUGUUCGGCCAGCUGAUCAACAACAAGGUGUUCCUGCUCACCUUCAUCCGCACGCUGGAGAUGCAGCGCUCCUUCUCCAUGCGCGACCGCGGAAACGUGGCCUCGCUCAUCAUGACGGCGCUGCAGGGCCGCCUGGAGUACGCCACCGACGUGCUCAAGCACCUGCUGUCCGACCUCAUCGACCGCAACCUGGAGAGCAAGAACCACCCCAAGCUGCUGCUAAGGAGGACGGAGUCGGUGGCAGAGAAGAUGCUGACUAACUGGUUUGCCUUCCUACUUCACAAGUUCCUAAAGGAGUGUGCGGGGGAGCCUCUCUUCAUGCUGUACUGCGCCAUCAAGCAGCAGAUGGAGAAGGGCCCCAUCGACGCCAUCACCGGAGAGGCCCGCUACUCGCUCAGCGAAGACAAACUCAUCAGACAGCAGAUCGAGUACAAAACCCUGAUCCUGAACUGCGUGAACCCGGACAACGAGAACAGCCCUGAGAUCCCGGUGAAGGUGCUGAACUGUGACACCAUCACCCAGGUCAAGGAGAAGAUCCUGGACGCCGUCUACAAGAACAUGCCCUACUCCCUGAGGCCGCGCGCCGUGGACAUGGACCUGGAGUGGCGCCAGGGACGCAUGGCACGGGUGGUUCUGCAGGACGAGGACAUCACCACCAAGAUAGAGAACGACUGGAAGAGACUCAACACGCUGAUGCAUUAUCAGGUGUCAGAUCGCUGUGUGGUGGCGCUGGUGCCCAAACAGACUUCCUCCUACAACAUACCUCCGUCGGCCAGCAUAUCACGGAGCUCCAUCAGCAGAUACGACUCCUCGUUCCGCUACACCGGGAGCCCCGACAGCCUGCGGUCCCGAGCCCCCAUGAUCACCCCCGACCUGGAGAGCGGGGUGAAGGUGUGGCACCUGGUGAAGAACCACGAGCACGGGGACCAGAAGGAGGGCGACCGCGGGAGCAAGAUGGUCUCUGAGAUCUACCUGACCAGGCUGCUGGCCACCAAGGGUACGCUGCAGAAGUUCGUGGACGACCUGUUCGAGACGCUGUUCAGCACGGUGCACCGUGGCAGCGCCCUGCCGCUCGCCAUCAAGUACAUGUUCGACUUCCUGGACGAGCAGGCCGACAAGCACGGCAUCCACGACACGGACGUCCGGCACACCUGGAAGAGCAACUGCCUCCCCCUGCGGUUCUGGGUGAACGUCAUCAAGAACCCCCAGUUCGUGUUCGACAUCCACAAGAGCAGCAUCACGGACGCCUGCCUCUCGGUGGUGGCCCAGACCUUCAUGGACUCCUGCUCCACCUCCGAGCACCGGCUGGGCAAGGACUCGCCCUCCAACAAGCUGCUCUAUGCCAAGGACAUCCCCAACUACAAGAGCUGGGUGGAGAGGUACUACGCGGACAUCAACCGCCUGCCCGCCAUCAGCGACCAGGACAUGAACGCCUACCUGGCGGAGCAGGCCCGGCUGCACUCCAACGAGUUCAACAUGCUCAGCGCCCUCAACGAGAUCUACUCCUACAUCAGCAAGUACAGCGAGGAGAUCACCGCAGCGCUGGAGCAGGACGAGCAGGCCAGGAAACAGAGGCUGGCCUCUAAGGUGGGGCAGCUCAUCGCCGCCAUGUCCAAGGACAGCUGAGAACCACUGAGGCAGUAGGAGGAGGAGACCACGAACCAAUAGAGAAACGAACGAAUGGGAAGGGGCAGGGCCUCCACUUUUAUCGGACCACGGGAUCGGUCCGUCGGCCGUUGCUUGCCUCUGGUUGUCGCGGAGACAGAAACCAAAGGCCGAGCACCUGGGACCUAUUUAUUCACAGAACAGAAGGACUGCACACAUUGCAACUGUUCUGUUUGGUUUCGUGUUUGAUUGGUUGCCUGUUUUAUCCUCAUGACGGGGCAACUCCAGCUCCCACAGACUUCUGCUUGGGGGACCAAAAGACAGAGAAU